AUGACCGUGCACCCGGAUUUUCCUCUUUGGGGCGUGAAGUACAGUCGCAUCAUGACGAAGACUCCGUUGGACUAUGCCAACAAGAAUGAAACUACCAGCUCAAUGAAUAAUGUGAAUAACCAUAAUUUCGCCUGUUCGUCUCACUCUGCCUUCCUGGUCGUCUAUGCAACCCAUGAACGCAACGACACACUGACCUCCACCAAAGGCAACUUUCUGGUAGGCAUUCCUUCUUCACACUUUUAAACCAUUAACGGUUACACGUUUUAACUACAGCCAGUCAUUAGCCUACAGCUUGUCUAGUGUGAUGGGGAAUACUGGAUGGGACCUGGGGAUGACACCUACCAACAAACCUUGAUCUCAGGACGGAAAGCGACGUUUUUAUACCCUGAGCGUUACCUUCUACAGUCAUAUGAGGCCGUCGAAUAGCAGCCAGUAAUUAAGAGGUACUGCCGACAAAGACAGGGGAGGCUGAAAUAGUCAUAUCUGACUAACUCCAGACCAACUGGACUCGCGUUCCAACUACGGAUUUUGCUACCUAAGUCUGAACUACGCUUAGCUAGUGACUACAGUUAGACCAAAAAUUGCUUUCUCAGUUCUCGCUUGUUGUUAUGGCCCAUGGUCCUCAUUCCUAUAACUGCACCUGCCGGCACUUGCCAAAUGGUCUGGAGAAAACCUUUUUACGCACUCACUUCUUUUGCCUUUUAGAACUGCGAAUCUUGAGUACAUUAAAUGCCUUUAAGAUUGGCUGGAUCGUAAGCCCUCUAGUAGCUUCCCACCUUUUCAGUUUUCUCAAUAACAUUAGAGUAGCAACCUCGAAUGUUUACUAACAUUUCAGGGCAAUAGUUUAAAGCUUCUCAUCAGUGAGGCUGUAAAGAGGAAUUGUUGGCUUCCCAGCAUCCAAAUGGCUACCAGUAGGAAGCAGAGCCCCACAGGGUUCGAUACUACAUUCUCUUCACCUCCCCAUCUACAUAUACGACUGCACUGAUAAUGGCUGCGAUGUCGACGUGCUUGCUGGUGGUAGAAAAGUCUGGACAACGAUCAUCAGAACUGCACCAAUUGGAUUCCACGCAAAAUAAGCGGAUACGUAAAAUGACCUAGGUAUCUAGACAGCUUUGAAUUGAUGCCCUUCGAACACCGUAAAGAAGCUGCUUUAAUGGCAACAAACAUCACGGACUGAAUAAAGUGAGCUUCCAUAGUCGUGUCUCCCGAACUCUUUGCGCCGGAUAUGUGGUACGUUCGCUAGAGCGUAUUUUGAAUGUGGAAUACCAGCGUGGAUGCAGUAGGCUAAGAAAGACGGUGACGUCAUCGAGUAGGUGCAGCUACGGACGACAAAACUGAUGGACGGUUUCAAAACUCCGUUGUCUUCAGAAAGACUGAUCAAGUCCAGUCUGGUUCCUCUAUCCCAUAGACAGUUGGGGUGCAACCCGUUUUGGAUAUUCGUAUCAUCUGAGGAUAAGACCUUUCACUUAAACCUGAAGUUUUCGAGUUUGCAAAUACGAGCCACUUGUGCGAUCAUCCAAACAUGAGCAUACGCAUCUGACCAACGAGAGUUUUCUUUCGGCCAUGAAACACAUUCUCAAGCGAACUUGUGAAUUCUGCUACCAUAACUGUGCACAUAAGGCAAUUGGACAGCUUAGUUUUUGAUAGGCAACGCCUCUUGUUGCAGGAUCACCUACGACCAGCUAUGAACUUCACUUCAGAUCUUAUUCGUCUUGUGUCGUAUCGCUACGCGUUUGUCCUAAAAUGUUUCCGUGCACAUUCCAAACGACCACAUUUCAUGUUUACUGUAUGCAACCUCAUCUGUGCAUCAGGGGCUCCGCCCGCAACUCUCAGAUACAUGCGUACAAAUCUUUCGACGGAACCUCGCAGCACACGGGUGACCCAGGAGGCGCUACGGACCAUCUGGCAUGUGACCAAAACUAAGCACUGCGGUCGCGUUUGCUCGUUUUACGGCGAAAAAAGCGCCCGCGGGAAGAGAUUAGCCGUCUCUAUGCGCUUAGACAGACAUGCAGUCAAUCUUGUCGGAUAAAAGACCGAUUGAUUAUCGACGUUCGCCGUAUAUAUUUUUACAGUAUGCCCGACGUUUGACGAGAUACUGUUUUCGUCUAGGGUUCGCCAUAGUAUUUCCUUGAUCACCGGCGACACCUCUUCGUUCGGUAUCUUAUUCUAUGUUUGCAUUAUUACAGGGCAUGGACAGAUCAUUUCUUUCAUCGAUCCCCGUAUCUCCUCAUACAUGGCUUCACUAUGCAUCUACUUGCUACUCCCACCCCACAGCUAAGUAUCCCUGCGGCUUUCGAUGACGGCCAACGCUCUGCGUGGACAUGCUGCCGUGCGGACGGUUAAUUUUCAACAGCGUGGACCAUGGAGUCCCAUUUCUGGCUGAUCUAAACACACUGUCACAUAGUCCGACCCAGGUUUGUUGUUGUGCAGUUAACAGUAAAUAAUAAUCACUGGUAGGGGGAGAUCACCGGUCGUUCAUACGGAACUCACUCGUUCCGUUGUGCCUUAAGGGCUCUCUCUCUCUAUCGAGCCCAACCAGCAGCCGCACAGCGGCGCAUGAUAUAUAGGCAGAAUGGUAUUACCGACAAAGACAAGGGAGACCGGAAUGGCCAUUUCUGGCUUAUUAGCCGUCGUCAGCCAGCCAUACCCAAGCCCGAAGUGUGGAACACCCGAGCCUCCAACUCGCGACCUGUUGGUUUAGAAGUCAACGCCUCUACUCACCGGGCCGCGAGCCCGUUGCCUUGUCGGUUUUCGAUCGGGAAUAUGCAAUGUUAGGGGGCGCUCACCGAUCGUUCAUACGGAACUCACUCGUUCCGCUGUGCGUUAUGGACUCUCUCGAGCCCAACCAGCAGCCGCACAGCGGCGCAUGAUAUAUAGGCAGAAUGCUAUUGCCGACAAAGACAAGGGAGACUGGAAUGGCCAUUUCUGGCUUAUUAGCUGUCGUCAGCCAGCCAUACCCAAGCCCGAAGUGUGGAACACCCGAGCCUCGAACUCGCGACCUGUUGGUUUAGAAGUCCACGCCACUACCCACCGGGCCACGAGCCCGUUGCCCUGUCGGUUUUUGAUCGGGAAUAUACAAUGGUAGGGGGCGCUCACCGAUCGUUCAUACAGAACUCACUCGUUCCGUUGUGCCUUAAGGGCUCUCUCUAAUCACUAACUAACUAAAUAAUCACUAAAUAACUAGUCAUUAGUUAACGUAAUCGCAGUCACAUUGUGACCACUAAGCCAUCUGAGUAAUCUGUUGACCGGUAUUUAGUAACUGGUGUCCAAAGUCUUCCUAUCCAACAGACAACGCCAGUUUUCAGCUAGAUGUGAAUCCCUUCUCCAGGCGUCAACGUGGUCGCCACUUGCGAUAUUUAGAUUAAUUUGAAAAAAACUUGACGGAAAGACACUGACCAGGUGCUGUCAGAUUUUCUUGUGAAAAUUUCUCCACAUGAUCUUUAGUCUGAAAAUAUGGCAACGGCUUGUUUUAUACGUGCGGACUUUUUUCAUCAUGUCCACUUCACGAUAAAUUUGGCGACCGUCACUAUCUAAAUAACAUAUUGUUAUUGCCAAAUAAGUGCUUGACCCUCACUGUUGUGGUUAAGAUAUCACUCGAUCCCAUUCUGCCCACCUGCCAGCUUGCUACUGAGGACAACGAACGUUGCGCCUGGUCUUUUACACUCUUAAUGAGCUGCUGAUGUAUUAUAUGUGGUAUGUGUCCUAUGACACAGCGUUCCUUGUCACCAGUAGCAAGUUGGCGGCCGAACAGAAUGGGAUCGAGUGAGAUCCAAACCACAACAGUGAGGGUCAAAGGCCCACUUGACAUGCUUACAGUAGGUGAGCUAACCCAUGAAAUGUCAGCCGAAAUUCCAAAAUGCGUUUUCUUUCCGAAAAGGCUACUUAAGUAGGGUUGUAAAACUUAUCAUCUUGUAGCAUAAUUCUAUAAUAAUUCAGUUACCUCAGGAUGUCGGCUUUCAUAUGAACUUCUUUUUGGGUGCAUGCAAGGACUACAUUUUGUAAAAAAAUAACUACUUAAGUGGCACGCAUUUUCCUCAUUGAUUUUCAUUGCCCUUAAAAAUGCAAUUGUAUUUCAUGGUAAGCAUGCAUAAGAAUAUUAAUUCUUCUACUCAUUCGGUAGAAAUUUUUGUCUUCUUCCGAUUUUAUACUCAAAGGGAAGGCAUAAUUCGGUUUUAAGAAAAGUUUCUAAUUGUGAGAUUUUUUAAUACCGUGAAAUGACCGUUCAUAAUACAUCGUGUCUCCGUAUUUGCUAAUGCAGCUUGCGAAGUUUACAAUAUGACUCAAAUCCACUGCUUAAUUUUAUGAACCCCAUAUGAUCUCCUCCUAAUGCCGUAGAGAAAUGUACGGUUUUCCGUACGGGGAAAAUAUAUGGCUUGUAGAUUGGAAACCCUGAAUGCAAGUGUGAAGGCAGGUGGGGUUCAAUAUUAUUCGAGAAUCGGAAAACUUUUUUAAAACCGAGUUAUACCCUAUCUUCGAGUAUAAAAUUGGAAGAAGACGUCAUUUUCUACGGAAUGAGUAGAAGAAUUACUUUUUUUUAUGCAUGUUUACAAUGAAAUAUUAUUACAUUUUUAAGGGCACUGAAAAUCAAUGAGAAAAACGCAUGCUACUUAAGUGAUCAUUUUUUACAGUGUGGUUUUUGCUUUCGGCCGGAAAGAAGUUCAUUCGAAAGCCGACACCCUGAGGUAACUGAAUUAUUAUAGAAUUAUGCUACAAGAUGAUAAGUUUUACAAACCUACUUAAGUAGUCUUUUCGGAACGAAAACGCAUUUCGGAAUUUCUGUUGACAUUUCAUGAGUUAGCCCACCCACUAUAUAUAUCUCAAUUCAUAAGGCCUAUGACGCACUGAUGAUCGGUUACGAUCGUGAAAUAGCCGUCUGCGUCUAGCCUGUUGCACUCCUAGUGAGCUGCUUAUGUAUUAUUGUUAUCAAAAGGUUACCUCUGAACAAUAUAUCCGGCUUCUGCAUGUGCACGCGGACAUCCAGUGAUCGCUUAGGAAAAUCAGUUUUCGCAGUCGGUCUACUGUAUUAGAAUCGGUGGAUUUUUUACAUUUCUGUAAGCUGGGCGGGUACCUUAGCCCGUAUGACCGCUCCAACCAACCCUUACAACAUAGUCGCAAUGGUUGCGUAUCCAUUGCUGGGCUGUCUCAUCCUCCCAAAUAAUGCUCAUUAAAACCGUUUUGUUCCAGAAUUUGGCUACAAGCAGCGGCGACAAAGACACGACAGUGUGGAAUGCUCAUUUCUGGUUUCUUUGUUGCUAUUAGCACAAAUUUGAACCCGACGUAGGUCUCUUUAGAUACUGUCUGAGGCGCUCUGUUGAGUUAUCUGCAGUUCUGAUGUCUGGCCCUAGAAAUGUCAAACAAAAGCACAUGCCUCGCGGCUGCCGCACUCCAGCAACUAGUCGUCGUUGCAAUAAGCACUUUCAGCAUGUCCAGACAGUCGGACGCGUCAAGCGCCUCAUGUCAGCUUCAUAGCAUGUAUAACCGGCCCCACCAGAGAGCGUGGCCGGACAGCCAUUUAGCGUUAGUCUGUGAGGCGUUCUUGAGUCCAACAACUAAAUCAUAGAGGACCGGAAAUGGCACAUGUAGCUGGGCAAUGCUUACUCGUGUAUUCUGCCUUUUAUCUCUGUCAGCCACUUGUACUUGAUACGGCUGAGAUCAUGCCUGAUCUGGCCGGCCUAUCUGAUGUCCGACCUGUACCUCUCGACGCGUGACGAUCCGCGGUAGCAGAUCUGGACAGCUCAACCCAUUCCCUUCGCCAACGACGUAGACCGAAUAUCGAAGGUCCAAGAACCACCUCCAUUUCUUGACGAACUGUGUCGAGCCAGGUUUUGAACUUACCCCCUCUUCGACGCCUCCAAUGGGGCAACGGUGCCGGAUCGAGGGCAGUAACACUGAGCGGCGGGAAUACAGUGUCGCAACACUUAGAAUUGUCUAUUCCCCCACCAGCCUGUCUUACGGGCGGACUACUACUACUACUACUACUACUACUACUACUACUACUACUACUGCUACUACUACUACUACCACUAAUACUACUACUACUACUACCACCACUACUACUGCUACUAAUACCACUACUACCGCUGUUACUACUAAUACUACUGCGGGAAUACAGUGUCGCAACACCACCACUGAUACGGCGAAUACUACUAAUAAUCCUACUAUUAGUACUACUACUACCACCGCCACCACGGCUGCCAAUGCUACUCUACCAACGCUUACAGUAUGGGUAACUAACUGCCAUAAUACUAGCAUCAGUAACGGAGUGUUGCGACACUGGUAUCCAACCCACUGAGCUCCUGAGGUGGACGACGAAGAACAUUCCCGAACCACUUCAGUCGUCUUUCAUGGAUGGCCUGAGUUAUCCUUGCGAUGUUGUCGCAGCGAGCGCGGACUGUCUCAUUUGAGACGAAGUCGGUGAACUUCACUCGAAGGAUGGUCCUCAAGCAGUGGUGGUCAAAUACCUCCAGUUUUCGCUCGUCCUCCACGCGCAAAACCCAGCAUUCACAAGGGUAGAGAAGGACAGACCGGACAGAUGCACUGUACACGCGAAUCGUAGUGGCGAUGGAGAGGUCACAUCGAUUCCAUAGGCAUUUCCGAAGGCUUGAGAAAACCCAGCGGGCCGCAUCGAUUCGGGAGACAAUGUCGUCCUUACUCUGUCCAUUAGGCAGCAGCCUCGCCCCGAGGUACUUAAAACAGUCUACUUCAUCAAGUUGACAUCCAUCAAUCACGAGGGGUGUCUUCUCCUGGUCAGGAAUGCAGCUUGAAAACACUUGGGUCUUCCCAGCGUUUAUGGGCAAACCGACCGACUUAGCGACCUCGUUCACCCGUGACACCACAGACUGCAGACCACCAAAACUUGAAGCAACUAAGGCGAUAUCCUCGGCAUAGUCGAGAUCAGUCAGUCGAUGUCCGGAUGCACACUCAACGCCGUCGCUCAUGCGUAGGGUCCUCCAGAGGAUCCACUCAAUAGCGUAGUUGAACAGUAUGGGUGACAGGAUACAACCCUGUCGGACGCCAGACCGAAUACCGAGCGGUUGGGAAAGAUUGUUGCGGACCAGGACUCUCGUAGUAGUGGAGCGAUAAUAGGCCUUGAUCAUGGCGAUGAUUUUUGCCGGUUCACAAUCUAGCGCCAUUAUCCGUCACGGGUAUUCACGGUGAACGGAAUCGAACGCGGCGGCAAAGUCAAUGAAGCAGACGGCCGUCGGUUGUUGGUAGCUAUGGCGAAAUUGGAGAAUGCGCCUCAGUGUAAAUAUCUGGUCUGCGCAUCCACGUCCAGCACGAAAUCCGGCUUUGUUGGGCCUCGUCCUUGAGUCACGCACAGCCUGGAAUCGCCUGAGUAGGACAAUAGCGAAGAUCUUCGCAGCAACGUCGAUGAGACUUAUGCCGCGGUAGUUCUCGCAUCUCGUCUUAUCUCGCUUCUUGAGGAUAGGUACAAGGAUGCCUAAGCCCCAGUCAUCAGGAACAACCUCGUCUCUCCACGCUCGUUCAAUCACCUCAUGGAGCCAGCGCGCCAGAGUGUCGACACAAGACUUGAAGAUUUCAGCGGGUAUACCGUCCUCUCCGGGUGCCUUAUUGUUGCGCAACUAGGCCCAAUCUCAGUAUCGUUUGGUUGACCGGCUCGGAGAGAGAGAGAGAGCGCGCGCGCAAGGUAGGUGUUGGGCAAUCUUUCUCCAUGACACGUCAGCAUAUUCCCCACUUUGUUAAGUCUGACGCGCUCGAAACUAUGACAACGUGCCAAACGCCGUGCCUUGGAAGGCUGCCAGCUUAUGGGAUAACUCGGUCCUCCUCUCAGGACGAAGAGUCAGAUUGUACUGGCUCCUUCUUGGCGUGCGCUGUAUGGCACUCCCACCUACUCGGGAUUCGAGCCGCCCUUUGUUGUUUUAGUGAAACCACGGUCCUUCAUGUGCAGAUCGGGCAUGUGUGUGGCACGUGCAGACGGGCUGGUUAACUUUGUCAGCCACUGCGCCUGACUCCGUCUCCGGUCGUCUUAAGUCUGUCAUGCCACCAGGCCCAGAUGGACAAGGUAGGGGAGUAUGUAGUGUCCAGGCGGUGAGAAUAUGUGCAGGUUGAGCGCUACCAUCGCCCGGUCAGAUCCCAAGUUGUAGGGAGAAGACGGAAGGCACCAGAAUGAGGGGGUUAUUGUGCAGAGAACCCGGAGUUUUCCUCUCAGGCGGCGGUGGCCACUGAUGAAACCAGAGCUGGUGUUGACUGCAUUCAGUCAUGCCUGAGAGUCACUGAGACAGUGAUGGCAGCCGCUUUUGUAGGCUCGUGGGCCAAGCUCAAGUGGUGUCCAGUCUGUGUGUGUGUUGCAUUUGCCGAGGGGUGGUGUCCCAGUGGCUUGGUUUGCUGGUUGCAGGGGGUGGGUUGCGUUCAAGUGGCCGCAUGCGCAGCUGCGGCUGCGCGGACGCUGGUUUGCCCGAGUUGUCGGUCGUUUGACUUCAGGUCAGCGCGUCUGGAACGGCCCACUGCAAAAGGGUGAAUGACCUUGAGACAGCGAGGUCUUGACCAAUGACACCAGACCGGCCAUGAUGUUUGCACGCCACAAGUAUGUGCAGUAUGCUAUCCUCAUGAACUCUGUCUAUUAUCCUAGUUGAUAGGUGGUAAUUACGAGCCACUCCUGCACAGGUGGACUUUAAAAACCCCUUCAAUGCCCGAAUAAGUUUAAACCCGACCGGAAAUUGGAAAGUAUAUUGCCCUUGAUCUAAACGGCGCAAGUUAUUGGGGUUUGUUUUUGACAGUCGAGGCUCUCCAGACUACAGUAAAAAAAGGUGAGGGUGAGAAGGACGGCUCCAGCACCGGGAAUACUAGUUUACUGUGUUGAGCCUUGAAUUGUCCAUUUAGUCCGUAGACAUCAGUAGUCAGAAAGUGAUAAAACUGUUAUGAUGAGGAAAAUUAAGUGAUCAUUUCUGCAUCCUCUACCGUUGGUGGGGCUGCCAUUUUUUCAGUUUGACUGAGUAGCGCUUGGUAAGAGAGAUGGAGCUCUCUGCCUGAUUUGUACGUCUCCAAUGGUAGGGGACGCUGACCGAUCGUUCUUACGGAACUCACUCGUUCCGUUGUGCCUUAUGGGCUCUCUCUCUCUCGAGCCCAACCAGCAGCCGCACAGCGGCGUAUGAUAUAGGCAGAAUGGCAUUACCGACAAAGACAAGGGAGACUAGAAUGACCAUUUCUGGCUUAUUAGACGUCGUCAACCAGUCAUACCCCACCCCGAAGUGUGGCACACCCGAGGCUCGAACCCGCGACCUGUUAGUUAGAAGUCCACGCCUCUAACCACUGGGCUACGAGCCCGUUGCCCUGUCGGUUUUGAUCGGGAAUAUAGAAUGGUAGUGGGCGCUCACCGUCUCCCUUGUCUUUGUCGGAAAUGCUAUUCUGCCUAUAUCAUACGCCGCUGUGCGGCUGCUGGUUGGGCUCGAAACAGAGUCCGUAAGGCUGUCUGUCUGCUUUUUGUUCCCAAAACGGGCCACGCGGUAGAUACGCUGGACCAACACGGGGAAGUAGACUGGGGUCCGGCGGGCGUUAUCGGGGAUGCGCGCCCAUAACAGAUGCAAACAUUUGGGGCAUGGCGGCAGCCCCAGUUGCAAGCUUAUGUCGGGCCAAUCGGGAUCCACGCCGCCUCCCCCCCCCACUUUAUUGAUAUGCAAAAUUUUGGUCAGUGUCCGUUGUGCACCAUGGGUUGUGAUGGCACGUCCGGGUGCGGUUUUCGCAGUGCCAGCCACCUUCUUGACUGUCACGACACCAGGCCCGGGUGGGGGAGGAGGAGAGAGUGCGGUAGAUGCAGCGCAAGUCUACUACGACUAUAGAAGGAAUCAUGUGCAAGUCAUCGUCCCUGGUCUCACCCUGCUGUGGGACACACAGUGAAACAUCGAUCACGACAGUCGAACUGCGGGAUUUUUCGUCGAUCAGAAUGUGCAAACUGCUACUGUUAUCUGCCUUCCCUCUUAAAUCUUUUUUUGUAGCUGAAGCAUGAACCAACUGGACUAAUUGGCCUUCCUGGUGGGGAGAUCGCCUCAGGGGAAACAAUCUCCGACGGCUUGACUCGUCUGCUUUCUGCUGAACUCAACGUCAAGCAAGCUAAAUUGCCUGCACGCCACCAUCUAGGCAGCUAUAUGAACGCCCAAGAGGACAAGUGCGUCCAUCUUUUUGCCUCAAAGGUAUGUCACGUUUGCACCUCAUAUGCACCUCAUUUAUUCACCACAGCAUAAACGGUACGAGGGUUGCAUUUCAUGCCACAAGAGAGACAGAGAGAGUGACAAAUUCUCAUGACGCAUCCUGAACGCUGCGCCCAGCUUUGUGAACCAGUGAAGUGCUUCCGAUUGGAACGCUAGGAAAAUCGGUUAAACUGUGGCUCGCUGACCAGUGGUCAUGUGAGACGACUUUCUGAAGGAAUGGUUUCCUGAAGCGCAGUAAAUGGGUUCACUUAUGAAAUGUGCCCAAAAUUACGAAACAUCUCUAAUCUGAGAAAGAUGAAGUGCUUACUGGAUCCAGGGGAUUGUAUUGCUGACGUUUUGAAGAGCUUGGCCGGCUCUCCAUUAUCAAAGCGUUGGGUGAGAAAAUCGAGCGGAAUUUUGAAUAAACGGCCGAAUCUGUUGGCCUUGGUCUGAUCGAUUUUUUCUUCUUUCGCCGCCUUGGCCCUCUACUCUCACGAACACCGACCAAAACUCCCAAUUUAUAAUAAAUGCUCUUAAGUGAAACAAAUCAAUUGCUAGAAAAAAUAUAACCUUCCUCAGAAAUAACAGUUUUCUUACGAAAAACGGAAAUUCCGCAAAUAUUCCCAUGUUACAAUUGAAAAGUCAAGUUGGCGAACGCACGUUUUCGGUAAUUCUUCCUCAGGCCAAUACAAUUACAUGAACGAAUGAAAAUGUACAAAAUCAACAGUGUUUAUAGAUGCCGCCUGGCUAGACAGAGGUGACACCCGGUCGAUUUCGAGUUCUAUUCUCGCGCAUUUAAUCGAUACGAACCACCGAGUCGAUGCCAAGAAAGCAUUUCAGGUUGUCUACCGGACACAAACAUGCUUCUCUAAAGGCCUACGCCAACGGAUACUAGCAACGGCCGAGGCAGUAGCGAUACGGUUAAUGAAUCCGGUGUUAUGCUGUCAGAAAACUCUGACACAAGCGCUUUCGCUGCCGUGGCCAACGCCAACCCCAAGCGAUGAAGCCAUGCCGCCUCAAAUCCCUAAUCACGAUGAUGGGUACUCCAUGUACUCAACCCAAGAUCAUUACUCAAAGACUCUCUUACCCCCCUCCCCUAGCUCUGACGACUAACACCCGCCGACCUUCUCAUGCGGGCGGCGUGGGGAUGAUGAGUGUUAGUGACUUAAUAGCCCUUGAGGCAUCUAUAAACACUGUUGAUUUUGUACAUUUUCAUUCGUUCAUGUAAUUGUAUUGGCCUGAGGAAGAAUUACCGAAAAACGGAAAUAUCGAAAGCUCGAAAAAUCGUGUCAUAUGAUUGAAUUAAGGUUUUGGAAUUACGUUAAGCCAGCCCAUGCAAAUAACUGAGUAAAUAAAACGAAAAAACGAACAACAUAUGAAAUAGUCCUUUAUUGCAGUUUACUUUUAACCAACCUCCAUGAAUGGGCGUAAAACGGAGUAUGACGGUUAGCCAAGUGCUUGUUGUAUGAUUAUAGACUCCAAAACAGUUCCAUGUGAAUUUCCUGUAAUUUUCCCCUUUGUAUUAUUUGAGAUGUAGUUGAUUCAUAUAUAGAGGACAUCGCUUGAUUUCGAUGAUAGAAACGUCGCAAAAAUCAAAGUUUUCACAAAGUCACAUAUCGAGAGGGCGGUCGGUGACUAAGAAAUCUGCAUAAAAUUAGCAGAUUUAAUCACAAGCAUGCUACGUUGAGUGUGAAGAGGACACUUCUUCUGCAGGAGCAGUAUGUGGUUUUUGGUGGCGGUGGGAUCCGUUGAGUUUCAAAGUGUCCUUAGACUAUCAGUGAAUAUUUUGUUGCCUACAGUCAUCUUAAUUGACUGAUCUGAAAAACGGGUUCUGUAAUAUGUUACGGAAAUGCGAAAAUUCCCGUGCAAGGAUUCAGAAGGUUAAUUAGUGAGCAUACGUACGCUUUCGACAAAUCCUCAUUGGACCAGUACAUUUAUAUGUGAGAGGAUCGGGUAAAAGAGGUCAGUGUUUAGAGAAAUCGAUUAAUGUUCGUCUUCACACACAAGCAGGGUGUGAGAAUAGAGGGAGAGGGAUAAUAAGAAGCAGUAAAGUUUAUGGAGAGUCAGUAAAGGGGGAGAGAGCGGGAGGCCGUGAAUAAUUGCAUGCAGUUAAUCUCUAAUGGUAGAAACUGAUAUGAGAAUUUUCGGACGACUUAAACGCUGGACAUUUUGCUCGCUCGUUUAGCCCUUUCAAGUAAAUGCGCUUUUCUCGUGCAGCAAAUGUGUCCACGCAAUUUUAUCAAACAAAAUGUUCAUAACUGUCAGCGAACAUGUACGUUGCCAUAUACUCGGGCAAUUUUCUAUGCCAGCACCUGUACUAGACUUCGGUUACACAUCUGAGCGUGUUUUUCUUUAAGAGGCGAGUAACUUACCCUCGCACAUAAAAGUUGAUUUUUUGUCUGGUGCCAACCGUGGAAACCAGUUUGCUAACACACAAGUUAUUUUUAGAGAACGUUCGGGUGAGCGUUCACACGUGACUCAAACGACCACACAUUCGCUACUUCGAUAAAUGCCCUCAAGAAGUAUCUUCUUUGAAGGUUUUAAUAAACACAUAAUACAGAAACUGCCUUUAUGGACAAUUGAUUGAAAACACCGCAAAUCAUGAAGUAGUCAGCGGCAUUUUAAUGCCGAUAUGUAACUCAGCGUGAUCUGAAACAUAAGUCUAAGCUAAUUUUGCAGAGGAAAAGUUCUCUUUAUAUACAUAAAAUUGUAUGUUGACGAUUACGUCUGUCGACUGGCCUGGAAACGUGUGCCCUUAUGAAAACCAUUAUCCCUAUGACGUUCUUAUCGGCAAAAUCAAGCAAGACCCUGUCUUGCAAAUUCAAAUAUAUUUCGUAAAGAGCACGAACAAGAAGAUGCUUUAUUUCACCCGUUUGAUAGAGCAUCACAUCAUCUUCAUAUUUUAUACUUAGAAAGGAGCAUGAUUAGGUUUUAAAAAGUUUCUAAUUAGGUGCUUUUUAAGACCGUGCAAUGUCCAUUCAUACAGCAUCAUACCUGUCUGUUUACCACUGCUCCUCAUGAAAUGUACAAUAUGGUCCACAUCCAUUGCGAAAUUUCAUGGACUCUAGACGGAAAGAUAUGGGAUUUUCCUUACGCGGAACACAUGCACCAUGUAGACUGAAAUCACUAAGCGCUAAUGCCACGACUGGUCGGGCUCCAAUUUAUUCGGGAAUUAGAAAGCUUUUUUAAAACCUAAUUAUACUCCUUCCUCGAGUAUGAAGGUGAGGUGAUUCUCUACCAAACGUUUGAAAGAAAGCAUAUUUUUGUUUGUGGUUUCUAUGAUAUAUAUCUGAAUUUGCCAAAACCAUCGAAAAUUGGUGUGAAAAAUGCAUGCUACAUAAGUAGUCACUUUUUACCGAGUCCGGUUUCUACAGGAGAUUUCAAGCAGUGCAUGCAAAAGCUGACAUCCUGCUUUCUUGUAGUCAAUCAAUAGAGAAUCACGUCUUCUUUAUAUUUUAUACUUAAGGAAGGAGUAUAAUUAGGUUUUGAAAAAGUUUCCUAAUUGCCGAAAAAUUUGGAGCCUGAUCAUUCGUUGCAUUAGUGCUUAGCGAUUACACUCUACAAGGUGCAUGCGUUCCGCGUAAAGAAAAUCACAUAUUUUUCUAUGCCAUUAAAGAGAUAUUAUACAGAGUCCAUAAAAUUAUGCAGUGAAUGCGGACCAUGUUGUACAUUUCUUGAGGAGCAGUGGUAAACGGCCAGGUACGAUGCUAUGUGAAUGGACAUUGAGCGGUCUCAAAAAAUCUCAUAAUUGGAAACUUUUUUAAAACCUAAUUAUACUCCUUCCUUAAGUAUAAAAUAUAAAGAAGACGUGAUUCUCUAUUGAUUGACUAAAAGAAAGCAUAUUUUUGUUUGUGGUUUCUAUAAGAUAUAUUUGAAUUUGCAAGACCAUCGAAAAUCAACGGAAAAAAUGCAUGCAACUUAAGUAUUCAUUUUUUACCGAGUACGGUUUCUACAGGAGAUUGAAAAGAAGUGCAUUUAAAAGCCGACAUCCUGCCGAGUCCAAAUUGUUAUAAGAGUAUGCCUUUAGAUAAUCAGUAUCACAACUGCGACCAAGUAAUCCUUCCUAAUCGAAAACGCAUUUCAGAAUUUCAGCCAACAUUUCAUGAGAUAGGUCACGCACUGUGUGCUCGCCAAUUAGUCUUCUGUACCAUCUGUGUUCAUCAAAACCUACAAAGUAAGAUAUUUUGAAAGUAUUUCCGGAUGUAGACUCGACAGUUAGGCUGUCGUGAUCGACGAUGUCCACGAUGGAUAGCACGGUGGAAACCCGCACCCACGUGCAUCACCACACCCCUUGGUCCACAACGUACACUGGCCGAGAUUUUACGUAAUAAACUUACCCAAAAUAAAACCAAAUCGUCGAGGAGAGUUAAGUCCACACCGAUCGUCCGUGAUUAAUAUGCCCUUGAUCAAUAAAAAGACCUUCGCUAAUAACACACAUCUUUAAAAAGCUCUUAAUAAGGUAUUUCGCUGACAGGAUAUCUGUGUUUUGCACCUUUUUGUCUAGGUACAGUUAGGGAAAAGUGGGAUCGUUUAGUUAACAUUUUCAGUGUAAAAUACCUAUAGUGUUUCUGUCCCAGGUUAAAGAGCCCACUUUGUCCUUUACACUGGAGCCAUUUUCACAUUUUUUGCUUUCUUUUAUUCACCGUUUUACAGCUAUAAAUAUACAGCUGAACGGACAUAUAAAUAACUACGAGGUCGACGAGUUUUUCACGAUUGGGUCCAAUGGAUUACAUAUUGCUCAAAGUGCUUACGCUCUGCUCGUCCCGCUUCUAAAUUACGUAUGAAUCUAAACUAGCCCACACAAAUAGUUGCUUAUCAUCUGUCCGAAAAUCGAAGUGACCACAUGGUGGUGGGCCUUUUUGUAGUUACUUAUGGGAUAUUUGCGAAUGUCGGGAAAAUAUGGGUAUAUUUAAACAAAGGAUUGCCUGCGGACGUUAGUACUGCUUUUUAGGGCAUGAAAUCAAACUAAUUUAUAAAUUAGAAUUUUUAAAAACGACAAAACUUCUGGCUCUCCAAAUCUAACAUGCUUGUCCCCAUUCUGUUUCACCCGACUUACGCGGGUUAGAAAUCAGUUUCCAAAUGCGUCAAGGUUUGUUUGGGAAAAACGCCCCAGCCUAGUUUAUUCUCCUCUCGUAGAAAGACCCAGAGAAAUGCUCAAACCAAGUCUAGGACAGCUAGUACUAUCAGAAAUUGCCCACCGGGCAACGUUUCCUAAAUUGCAGUCUUGCCAUGUAAUAUGAGCCCCCCAUUUAUGCAUGCCUGCGUAGUUCGUGUGAGAGUCUUCGCUGAUGGUCGUUUUGCUGCCGGCCGUCCAGCGACUCGUCGGGCAGAUCGCAAUUAGGCCCCGCCGUCCCGGGGUUUCCAUGGUUUCGGAUGAAUUUGUCCUCGAGUGUUACGACAAGAGGACAUACUUGAGUACUCAUCGGUCAAGAAAAUUUCGACCGACGGGACAAAUCGUAGAAGUGGUUGAAGUAAAUUAGUGAGGGCUGGUGUGGAGGAGCUGUUAGUCUGUGUCAGCGCACACAUCCUCUGGUCUCCACUGCACAGGACAGAUCCCUCAUGCAGUUGUCUUACCUUUUUGCGGACUAGUGCGCUUUUAUUCCGCUUGUGGUGUUUGGACUACACCCUUGACCAUGACUGCUGUAGGUAUUUGUAAAAGGCAACAUAAUUUGGUGAAGAAUGCAUGGUCUGCGACUGGACUGACAGGUCUCCUUUUCUCGGCGGGUGCGAUGCGUUUUGCGGGGUCUGUCUGGAGGACAUUACUGCCGACGUGAUGAUCACGUUUCUCACGAAGCCUUCCCCCCCUUCCCCGAGGCGCAUGUUUUGCCGGUUGGCGUAGUUGUUGAGAUUCGCGGGGUGAUCGAGAUGUAGAGGUCACAUCAGGCUGAGUGCGUCGCUGAUGCGCAAUCACGAUGGGGCUAGGGCGGGCCACCACCCACUCACUGAGGAUUGACUACAGACGCCAGCCCUCCAACACACACACACAAAGUGCACACACAGGACACGGCUAAAAAAGGACUGUUUUGUAUCCCGUAGCGUCUGCACGACUCCAGCAUUUUGUUUACAGAGCGCCUGACGGCAGUCUAGUGUUUUGCCAAGGCUGUGCGGCACACGCGCUAUGCGCCGUAAGCGUUUUUUAUAUGGCCUUCCGGAUCGCCAGAUUCGUCUGUUUUAAACGCACGCAGGGAGCGGUAUCUACUAUUUCAACGCAGACCACGAAAAUCUUGAGAAGUCAAUCACAAUCCUCAAGCCUUAGAAGAGAGAUGCGGUAGCUGGAACAAUAACUUUAUCCACCUGAUCUUUCGGAUUCGCAGUCAAACCUAUCACCCGACACAGCAUCAUAUAAGUGUAGUAGAUGCGCAGAGGUUGCAGUAUUUAUAGGACGCAGUUGUUGCGUCAUCGCACGCCGAGCAACAUUAGCGUCUCCCGCAAUCAUAGCUGAGGGUUACAUUUGGUGCAAUAAAUAAUUUGAUUACGCGCAACUGGCUAAUUACCCUGACCAGGCAGGGUCCCAGCACUGAAUGUGGAAGGCGAGGACAUCGUGCCUGUCAUUCGACUGUGAGCUGGAGGACCACCACUCAGACAACUCGAGGCUCACGCUCUCGCGAGAAUUCCAGGCUGAUCGAACUUGAAAGUGUGACUGUGUCCCGUCUAGAGAGGCGCGACCCUGGGGACUGACGUCGUUGCUGCUGCGUGCUCGGCCAUCAGCGUCCGAAGCAGUCUCCUAGUGUCUCCGACGUAGUCGCCUUGCCCGCAUCUGCAUCAGAUCCGACGUUUUAUGCGUGACGGUGUGUUUUCCGGCGUCACUGCUUGGCACCUGGUCAGCGUGCAACCCAAGCUCCAAGUGGUGUGAUAAGGCGGCUGACGACUUCUGAAGCACAGUUUGGGACUGUAGGAUUUGGUUUCGCGUCUGAUUUCCGCACGCACCGGUUGAUAAAGAUGUUCAGGUGGCCAUUCACUCCGAGCACUCGUUGAAGGUAUUGCAUUACUACUACUACUACUACUACUACUACUACUACUACUACUACUACUACUACUACUACUACUACUACUACUACUACUGCUACUGCUACUACUACUACUACUACUACUACUACUACUACUAUUACUACUAUUACUACUCCUGCUGUCAUUGCUAUUAACGCUAUUACUACUAUUGCUACCACUAAUACUAUUACUUCUGUCAAAGCUCCGACUACCACUAGUCCGUCGAAGGAAUUGUGGUUCGGGACAACGCAUCCAAAUACGCCGUUACAGUGUACAUAUACAUCAGCGUUCAUAGUUGAUGAGGUGGAUGAAGACAAAUACUUACGUCGUGCUUGUCGGCUUAAUGAGCGCAGUUGAUUUAAGCCAUCACAUACAGACAACGACAUCGAGGGUAACCAGCUGGUUGACAAAGUUACGCGGAAAGCCAUUUGCUCUGAGAAUCCGUCGAAGCUAUUGCAGUACGACAAGUUUACCAACUGGCAGUGUGCGUCAGUAUCCGUAGAACUCCGAUUGAUAACUUCAGUGCGUCAGGCGUGGUCAAAGGCUGACUGACAGAAGUCCAAAUUCUUCAUUGGUUGGCGGAGAGACGAUAACCAAACAAGUGGUGCAUGGGAGAGAAAAGGGAAAGUAAAGUCAACACUGACGAAUCCAUCCCCACAGCACUUAAGCGCUUUCCUAACUCUAGUGGAUCUGACGCACUUACAGCAGGUGGGCUAGUUCAUGAAAUGUCAACCGAAAUUUCGAAAUGCGUUCUCGUUUCGAAAAGAUUAAUUAAGUAGGGUUGUAAAGCUAGUCAUCAUGUUGCAUAAUUAUAUAAUGAUCCAGUUACCUCAGGGUACCUUCUUUCGAACGUACUUAUUACCGACUGCAUGCAAGAAGUAUACCCUGCAAGAAAUGACUACUUACGUAGCAUGCAAUCUUCCCAUUGAUUUUCUAUGACCUCAAAAGUUCAAUUAUAUUUCGUGAAAAAAUUCUUAAAAAUAUUCAUUAUUUUGCUUAUUCGGUAGACAAUCACGUCUUCCUCCAAUUUUGUACCCGAAGAAGGAGUAUAAUUCGGUUUCAAAAAAGUUUCUAAUUGUGAGAUGUUUUAAUACCGUGAAACGGCCGUUCAUAAAAGUUCAUGUAUCUGCAUUUACCAAUGUGGCUUGUAAAGUUAAUCAUAUUGCUUAAAUCCUUUGCUUAAUUUUAUGAACCCCAUAUGGUCUCCUCUUAACAUCGUAGAGAAAUGUACGGUUUUCCGUACACGGAAAAUAUACGGCUUGUAUUUUCGAAACCCUUAAUGCAAGUUUAACUGCAGGUCGGGUUCAGGAUUAUUCGGGAAUUAGAAAAGUUUUUUAAAACCGAAUUAUACUCUUCGUUCAAGUAUAAAAUUGGAAGAAGACCGUGAUUUUCUACCUAAUGAGCAAAAGGAUGGAUAUUUUUAAGCAUUUCUUCAUGAAAUAUAAUUAAACAUUUGAGGUCAUAGAAAAUCAAUGAGAAAAUUGCAUGCUACGUAAGUAGUCAUUUUUUGCAGGAUAUACUUCUUGCAUGCAGUCGGUAAUAAGUACGUUCGAAAGAAGGCACCCUGAGGUAACUGGAUCAUUAUAUAAUUAUGCAACAUGAUGACUAGCUUUACAACCCUACUUAAUUAAUCUUUUCGAAACGAGAACGCAUUUCGAAAUUUCGGUUGACAUUUCAUGAUUUAGCCCACCUAGUUUAAGUCUAUUAGAAAGGAGCAAGAGUCGUUGAUUAGAAGGUUGCCAACUGACAGGGUAAUUCGCUUCUUUUCAAAACUGGAGGGGGGGGGGCGGGCGGUCUGCAACGUCGCCUUACCACGGCCUUCCUAGCAGUCUCACGCAUGUGGGAGAAGAUCCGACCUUAUAGUGGCCUGAUGCACGUGGCGAAAACCGGGUCGCGCUUGGUCCGCGUAGACGGGAUGUUCGGCUUUAUGAGCCGCUGUGCCAACGAACUGCUCUAGUUGUCUUGUCAUUAGAGUAAGGUGGGUGGGACAGGGGGCAGCGCAGUAGAUGUUACGCAAGCCUGAUUCACUAGAAUCUGAUUGACGUGCAUGCCCUUGGUACCGCACGCGCGUGGCAACAUCUGUCGCGUUCACGUGCCUUAUGGAUCACGGUGGCUGUAAAAAUUCCAACCGAAGCAAUGGGUUCUUCGGUUGCACUACACGGUUGUGGGACUCUGCUUAUGGCAAUUACUGUCUUGCGGAUCCCUCCUUUUGAUUGUGUAUGCGUUGUUAGAUAAGGUACUCGGGUCGUUCAUUCACCUAGUCCAGGUGCAGGUUGUGCGUCCUUCCUGUAGCCUGUCAUACUGCGCUGUGAUACCACAUCUGUAGGUGUCAUUUACUCCGUAAGCCCAUCUGCCAUUCUAAAUUUUCCUUUUCCCGCAUGCUGUGCAGAUAACACACUCAGAACUGAAGCAGCUCCUGCUUUCAGCACUCGUGUCGCCCUCUUUCGGGCUCGUUAACGGCGGUUACUCUCUCCUCCCCAUAUCUGCUACCUCUGGCGGAACCAACAUCAGUGCGCUGUCCCGGUACCUGGCCUUCGGCCUCUCCCCCACAACGCCCUACGUGGACAUGGCUUGUUCUCCGCGUGCCGUCUCCGUCCUUCGCGGCAAUACCUUUCAACUGCUGCACACGGCUCUCCUCACCCCCCAGCUGGGCCCUAUCCUCACGCCCGCGGAGUAUACUGAGGAGCUGAAGGCCGCCUGCUCACUGGUCAGUAAUGCAGCCAAUUACCAAGCCCGGGAACUGGAUGUCAGUCACAGAGACCGCUCAAACCAGCCGCCACUGCAGGUGUAA